AUGGCCAAAGUUUCAUCUAAGAAGACUUCGGUCAAGAAGACUGAGCCCGUCACGAACACCAAGUCGUUCCCUCCCCAGCUGAUCGCCUCAGUUGCCGCUUUUUUGUCUGAAAACUUCCCCGAGACCAGCGCCGCGUUCACCAAGGAAGCCAAACCUACCAAGAGCGAUGCAAAGAACGCGCCCUCUCUGCAGGGCCUUUUCCCGGCCGCGGAGAAGGACUCUAGCGUGAAGAAGGCUGCUAGCUCCUCCUCCAGCUCCUCCAGCUCCAGCAGCAGCUCCGACAGCGACAGCGACAGCGACAGCGACAGCGACAGCGACAGCGAUUCCGAUGUCGAGAUGGGCGAUGCUGCUAGCUCAUCCUCAUCCUCGUCUUCUUCCAGCUCCGACAGUGAUGCCGACGACGAAGAUGAUGACAAGUCCCCUGCGGCCCCUGCACCCGUCAAGAAAACCACUGGUGUCAAGCGCAAGGCUGAGUCCAGCAGCGAAUCCAGCAGCUCAUCUUCCGACUCGUCCUCUGAAUCGGAAGACGACAGCCCCAAGGCUAAGAAGGCCAAGGUCACCAAGGAGACCACCAAGGAGACCACCAAGGAGACCAUCAAAAAGCCCACCAAGGAGGAUUCUUCCUCUUCGUCCUCGUCCGACUCUUCGUCGUCUUCCGAGUCUUCUAGCUCCGACUCUGGAUCUUCCUCCGACUCCUCGUCUGACUCUUCUUCUGACUCUUCCUCCGACUCCUCAUCCGACUCCUCUGAUUCAUCCUCCGAGUCCGAGUCCGAGAAGACUGCCAAGAAGACCCUGAAGACGGCCAAGAAGACCCCUCUUCCCCAGUCUGACUCGAGUGACUCCGAGUCUACAUCAACCAGCAACACUCUCGCUGCCUCCCCAGACAUCAAGCCCGUCACCAAGGUCGUAAAGGUUGAGGAGACCACUUCCUCCAGCGCCAGCCCUGCCCCUGGCAACCCUGCCGCAAAGAAGAAGCACACCGGAGCUCGUCCUACCCCUCUGGCUUUGCUCAGCGAAUUGCCCCACGACCACCCCUCUAACGACUAUAUGUCUUACGCCUACGCUGACCGCGCCUGGAAGGACCUGUCCGUGACUCGCGGCAAGGGCUUCACCAAGGAGAAGAACAAGAAGAAGCGCGGUUCUUACCGCGGCGGUCCCAUUGAUAUCGGUCCCGCCAAGACCUCGUUCAAGUUCGAGGACUAA